AUGGGCAGGGUCUCCUUCAGCGUUCGAAUAGGCUCCGUCCGGAGAUCCCGCUCUCCUUGCCAGAAGCCAUGCCACCUUUCCCCUAGAGCCCCUCCUCUGCCCGGCGCCCUCCACAAACCUGGUGGACCUGGCCGCACGCGGGCGCCUGCGGAGGCUGCAGGUGGAGCCGUCGGAACCAGUCCCUUGAGGGUCCCCGCAUUCCUCCCUGCGCCCUCGUUGCAGGCGCCCGGCAGCUGGAAGCACUGCUCGGCAGCCUCGCCCGCCCCAGACGUCCUGGGAAUCAAUGACAAUAACAUGGGCGAUGGCUGCUCUCAGAAGCGGGUGACUGCCAGUCUCCUCCGCUUCCUUCUGCUGGUCCUUAUCCCCUGCAUCUGUGCUCUCACCGUGCUGCUGGUGAUCCUGCUGUCCUUUGCUGGAACAUUGAAACAAGCCUACUUUAAAUCAAAUGGCAGUGAACUUUUGGUCACCGAUGGUGAAGUUGAAAUUCCUGAUAUUAUUCUUAUAAAUCCAGCUUAUAACAAGAGCACUGCGGCACCCACCGCAUCUCCUAAUGAACCCAUUCCAGCCAGGACUACCGAUGCUUCCCUCUCUGGGGAGCAGGGUCACAGGAAUACAAGUGCCUGCAUGAAUAUCACCCACAGCCAAUGUCAGAUGCUGCCCUACCAUACCACACUAAUGCCUCUCUUCUCAAUUGUGAAAAACAUGGAAUUGGAGAAGUUCCUCAAGUUCUUCAUCUAUCUCCAUCGCCUUGGUUGCUAUCAACAUAUCAUGCUAUUUGGCUGCAGCCUUGCCUUCCCAGAAUGCAUCACUGAUGGUGAUAACAGGCAUGGUCUCCUGCCCUGUAGAUCUUUCUGUGAGGCUGCAAAAGAAGGGUGUGAGUCUGUCCUGGGGAUGGUAAACUCCUCCUGGCCUGAUUUCCUCAAGUGCUCCCAGUUUAGAAACCAAGCUGAAAGCAGCAAUGACAGCAGGAUUUGCUUCUCACCACAGCAGGAAAAUGGAAAGCAAUUGCUUUGUGGAGGGGGCGAGAGCUUUCUGUGUACCAGCGGAAUCUGUGUCCCCAGGAAACUGCAAUGUAACGGCUACAAUGACUGUGAUGACUGGAGCGACGAGGCUCACUGCAACUGCAGUGAGGAUCUGUUUCGCUGUCGCACAGGCAAGUGCCUGAAUUACAGCCUGGUGUGUGAUGGAUAUGAUGAUUGUGGGGAUCUGAGCGAUGAGCAAAACUGUGAUUGCAAUCCCACAAAACAGCAUCGCUGUGGGGAUGGGCGCUGCAUUGCAGUUGAGUGGGUGUGUGAUGGAGACCAUGACUGUGUGGACAAGUCUGAUGAGGUCAAUUGCUCCUGUCACAGCCAGGGUCUGGUGGAAUGCAGAAAUGGACAGUGCAUUCCUAGUACCUUCCAGUGCGAUGGGGAUGAGGACUGUAAGGAUGGGAGUGACGAGGAGAGCUGCAGUGACCGUCAGACUCCAUGUCAAGAAGGAGACCAAAGAUGCCUGUACAGUUCCUGCCUCCAUUCAUGUGGUGGUAGCUUUCUGUGUGACUCAGACAGCAGUCUGAGCAACUGUAGUCAGUGUGAACCAAUUACAUUGGAACUCUGCAUGAAUUUGCCCUACAACCAUACAAAUUAUCCAAAUUAUCUUGGCCAUAGGACUCAAAAGGAAGCAUCCAUCAGCUGGGAGUCCUCUCUUUUCCCUGCACUUGUUCAAACCAACUGUUACAAAUACCUCAUGUUUUUUGCUUGCACCAUUUUGGUUCCAAAGUGUGAUGUCAAUACAGGCCAACGCAUUCCUCCUUGCAGAGCCCUGUGUGAGCACUCCAAAGAGCGCUGUGAGUCUGUUCUUGGGGUUGUGGGUCUGCAGUGGCCUGAAGACACAGAUUGCAAUCAAUUUCCAGAGGAAAAUUCAGACAAUCAAACUUGCCUAAUGCCUGAUGAAGAUGUGGAAGAAUGCUCACCUAGUCACUUCAAGUGCCGUUCAGGACGAUGUGUUCUGGCUUCUAGAAGAUGUGAUGGCCAGGCUGAUUGUGAUGAUGACAGUGAUGAAGAAAACUGCGGUUGUAAAGAGAGAGAACUUUGGGAAUGUCCAUCCAAUAAGCAAUGUCUGAAGCACACAGUGAUCUGUGAUGGGUUCCCAGACUGUCCUGAUAACAUGGAUGAGAAAAACUGCUCAUUUUGCCAAGAUGAUGAAUUGGAAUGUGCCAACCAUGAGUGUGUGUCACGUGAUCUGUGGUGUGAUGGGGAGGCAGACUGCUCAGAUAGUUCAGAUGAAUGGGACUGUGUGACCCUCUCUAAAAAUGUGAACUCCUCUUCAUUCCUGACUGUUCACAGAUCUUCGACAGAACACCACGUGUGUGCAGAUGGCUGGCAGGAGACCUUGAGUCAGCUGGCCUGCAGGCAGAUGGGUUUAGGAGAGCCAUCUUUGACUGAAUUGAUAAAAGACCAGGAGAAAGACCAGCAGUGGCUGACAUUACACUCCAACUGGAAGAGCCUCAAUGGGACCACCUUGCAUGCACUGCUAGUACAUGGGCAGUCUUGUCUGAGCAGAAGUAAGAUUUCUCUUCUGUGUAGUAAACAAGACUGUGGGCGCCGCCCUGCUGCCCGGAUGAAUAAGAGGGUCCUUGGGGGUCGGACAAGCCGCCCUGGAAGGUGGCCAUGGCAGUGCUCUCUGCAGAGCGAGCCCAGCGGACACGUUUGUGGCUGUGUCCUCAUUGCCAGGAAGUGGGUUCUGACGGUUGCCCACUGCUUUGAGGGAAGAGAGAAUGCUGCUGUCUGGAAAGUGGUACUUGGCAUCAACAACCUGGACCAUCCAUCGGUGUUCAUGCAGACACGCUUUGUGAAGACCAUCAUCCUGCACCCCCGCUAUAGCCGGGCAGUGGUGGACUAUGACAUCAGCAUAGUGGAGCUGAGUGAACACAUCAAUGAGACAAGCUAUGUCAGACCUGUCUGCUUACCCAGCCCGGAGGAGUCUCUAGAACCAGAUACAUACUGUUAUAUCACAGGCUGGGGACACAUGGGAAAUAAAAUGCCUUUUAAACUGCAAGAGGGAGAGGUCCGCAUUAUCUCUCUGGAACAGUGCCAGUCCUACUUUGACAUGAAGACCAUCACCACCCGGAUGGUAUGUGCUGGCUACGAGUCUGGCACUGUUGAUUCAUGCAUGGGUGACAGCGGUGGGCCUCUUGUUUGUGAGCAGCCUGGAGGACAGUGGACAUUGUUUGGGUUAACUUCAUGGGGCUCUGUCUGCUUCUCCAAAGUCCUAGGGCCUGGAGUGUAUAGCAAUGUGUCAUACUUCGUCAAAUGGAUUGAAAGACAAAUAUAUACUCAAACCUUUCUCCAAAAGUAA